ACACCAUCGAACCAUUGCGAGCAGCGGCACUCGGCAGGCAGACGCAAACACGCCAUUGCAUCGAACAGAUUUGUUAAGCAAUUGUAGUAUCUUAAUUUUACACCGUUCCCGCUCUGUGUCGACACGUUUCUUGGUAUCCAACUUUGAAGACUUGAACCAACAAAAAAAAGAGACACAAGAUCGCCGUACAAAAUGACAGUUGUUGGCCCAGAUCGCAAGCCUCUGACGCUGGGUGAAAAGCUCGACAUUCUCCCAGGCAUUGCUGCUAUUGCUCUGGUUGCCAUCUAUUCAACCAUCACUGCGCCGUUUCGCUCCAAACAGGAUGCGCCAACUCUCUUCUUGCACAUUGCCUAUGCCAUCCUGCGCAAGUCGACCCUGCGACUCUCCCCCAAGCAGCUACAGUUGAUUCAACCUCAUAGCGACCUCGUCUACGAUAGAUAUGCCCGCUCUGCAGGCUUCACUGCCGACACCGUCGAGCUUGCCCACGGCUCCAAGGGCCACUGGAUUGGCGACAAGACUUCAAAGAACGUCUUGAUUUGGUUCCAUGGCGGCGGCUUCUGCCUGCCCUCUAACCCGGGCUACUUCAAGUUCUUUACCCGUGUCAUCAAGUCGGCCAAGGCAGCUGGCAAGGACCUUGCCGUCUUCGCCAUUACUUACGAUCUUGCUCCGGGUGCCGUCUACCCCACGCAGCUCACCCAAUGUGUUGAAGGUCUGCGCUACAUUUUGGGCACUGGCAAGUGGAAGCCGUCCCACGUGUUCCUUGGCGGCGAUUCCGCAGGCGGCAACCUCGCCGUCGGUGUGCUGUCGCAUCUGGCACAUCCCCAUCCUCAGAUUAAGAAGAUCGCCAUCAAGGAGGAGCUCGGCGGUACUGCCCUCAUUGCUCCGUGGGCGUGGCUGGAUGAGGAACAGAGCAGAAUUCCGAGAUAUUCGGGCGGCGAUAUUGUCUCGCCACCAAUUAGUCUCCGUUGGAUCCGAUCGUAUCUUGGCGGCCAGCAGCGAGACAACUACACGGACCCGAUGGAUGCACCAGGCAGCUGGUUUGAGACCUUCCCUGUGCAAAAGGUCCUCGUUCUUGGUGGCGAGCAUGAGGUCCUGUUGCCCUUGAUUGAGCAGUUCACCGAUAAGCUUAGAGAGGGAUUGCCGGACACGGAACUGUUUGUUGGUCCAGGUGAGGCUCACGUUGCUCCCGUCUACAACAUUCUGGUGGGUGACAACACGGAGACGCAGCAAGGUCGUAAGUUGAAGAUUUGGCUGAAUGAGCUCCUCCACUAGAGGGGGCUAAUAGCAUUAUGAUAUCCUUGCAACUUGAAUUCAUUAAUAUUGAAUUUCUUUCUUUGGCAUUUUAUUUGCGCUUUUCAUUUUUUCGUCUCCUCAUAUACCUUGUUAGAUUCUCA